AGUGGAUCGGUAAACAGAAAUCAAUGUAUGUGUAAACGAGUCAUAAUUCGUGGAUUUGGUUGUUUGUAAAGCAAUGGAUAUCUUCCGUGAUAGUUUGUACGGACCCGACCGACUCAGUUCUAGCAACGCUAUUAAAGAUCUUCUGGUAAAAGAUCAUGUACUACAAAAAGGCGAGUGGGACUUGGAAGUCACCAGGCUAGAUCCAUGGAACACUACUACUUCGAACAACUUUAAGAAACCACUGCCAGCACUGAAUGACACCAGGAGAAAGGUCAAAUCUGUAGAUCGGGAUGUUUCUAGUAUUAGUUUUGGCAGUAGUAGUAACCAUAAACUUCCUACAACAUCAAAAGAUUUUGAAAAAAAGUGGUUGGAUGCUCCUAAAAAGGCGCAGCCUGACCUGGGAACUAGUAUUCCUGAUUUCGCGAAGAAAUACUUGGUAAAUAAGAAAAUUGGAAAUGACGGCUCGAUCUAUGAUAGUUCCUUCAAUGAAGCCAAAAAGGUAGAUACAUCUGAGAGUACUAAAGAAAGAAAAUAUCACACAAGGGAUUUAAGGACUACUCAUUUUUACAUGGGAGACACCCGCACUUACUAUGAUACAGAGACCAGCAACAGGUUUCUGCCAUCAAAAAUGUCACCAGAUAACCCAUCAUCCAUUUCUACCAAUACUGCACUUGAGACUUAUCGAUCCAACGUGUUCAGGAAUGGAGACUGGAAUGUUUCAGGACAUCCAAUCAUGCCUUACUCUGUCACUCGGAACGACUUCUACAUCAAACCAUUCUCUUCGGGCAUCACCGAUAGGGCUCGUCGUCUUUCGUUGCCAAGACAAGCAAGUACAAAGGAAAGCAAAUCCAAGAUGUCAUUAGGAAAAAGGAUAAACAAGGCCAUAACAGCCGACAUGGCAGGACAGAAAGACAAAAUACAACAGAUAUUUGCCCAGUAUGAUACAGAUAGAUCUGGAUGCAUAACGAAAGAACAACUCAAAGUCAUGAUAACUACGUAUGUACUAUCCGUAACAGAAGAGGAGAUAAACGACUUGAUAACACGGAGUAACAGUUUCAAACCUGGUGGAGAGAUAGAUUACAGUGUUUUAGCAGAGUACAUUUACAAUGAUCCAAGUCAUCCAUAUUACCACAUCAGCACUCACUUCCAGCUUGGUGACCACCAUGACGAACAGAAAUCUGUCUCUCAUAAAGACUAUGUGGUGGCCCGAGAUUCGUGGCAGUUCAAGCCGUUGUUUGCUCUACCGCCUUUGUCUUCUCAGGUUAUCCCGGAAACCAAUAAAUUCAGUGUUCAAAAGUCUACGAAACAAUCAGACUUCGUGUACCAUGCUUCUGAAGGCAGAGCUGCUGCAGAGGCAAGAGAAAGAGAAAUGAAGAGAAAGCAGAAUCGUUUAGCCAAACAGUCGAUUGAGCUGGCCGCUAACCCUUCAACAGCUCAAGCCUACAGACAAGCAUCAGUGUUCGGCAAAGAUUUCCCUUCACCUCCUGCAGACUUUAGACCAUUGACUCCAAGACGUGCACCUCUGUCAGAAUACCGUCAUCUGGAUACAAAUGGCGCAUUAAUAGUACCCCCUACAGAUCCUUAUAUCUCGGAGAAACAGGAAAAGUUUCAAAAUCAAGAUUCUCUAUCAGUGAUGCUUAAAGAGAAGAAUGUGGAAUGUUUGGAACGAACCGGUGACAACCGCACCUCACACUUCAUCUUAGGAGCAGACAGCGAACCAAAAAGAUCGGAGCAGCAUCAUCAGUUUUCUAAAAAGGCCCCUCUUGAUUCAAGUGUACCGGCUGCAGGAAAGAAACAAACCGCUGAACAAGAUUACUCACAUGUCUAUCCGAGUGAAUCAACCGAAAGAACCGUCAUUUCGAAGCAAAGUGCAGUAAAAGACGAUGUGAGUACCAUACAGAAGAGACUGAAGGAAAUGAAUAAAAUGAGAGACCCGAUUAGCCUGGAUAUGAGAAAAGCCUUUUUGGAAUACGACAAAGGCUUCACUGAGCAGUUGGCUUUGACAAGAGGGACAAAACCAGAGAUGACGUCAGUCAUGAAGACAGAUUACCGCCCACCAGAAGAGAAAAGUUAUAGUUCAGCGCAAAAGGGUAGCAUUAAUACGACAGCCAAACCCUUUACCAGUGUGGACUCUCACUACUUUCACUACGAUCACUCCAAAGAAAGAACAAAACGUACAACUACUGGACAUGAUUUUUCCAGGCCAGACCGUCUUGGUGUCGAACCAAGAGGCUUGUCAGUGUUCUGACAACCAGCUGCUGAUAUUCGUGUCAAUCAUCAUCGUCAAUGAACGUCGUGAGAUAUCCAGAGAAGCAUCCCUCAGUCACGUGAUAUACCAUGAGAUGCAUCAUGGGGUGACACACUUGCAUUUGGAUAUAUCAGCUCAGUAGAUUGUGUGUUCAAUCUCAUAUCAAUAUCAAUGCUAUUAAUAGUACUAAAUAUAAUGCAUAAUGCAUGCUUAAUGUAUACUGAUUUAAGUUGCAGCUACUUUAGUAAUGACAAAUACUAAUCAAGUGGAAAGAAAAAAACAUUUUUCCAAACCGACAUUUCUAGUUACUAAUGCUAACA